AUGGAUGAAGAGAACAACCAACUAGAACAGGAAAUCACUUCUGCAGAUCAGGAAGAAGAUCUACUUGCUGAAGGCGAUGAAAAUGUCGAGGAAAAUCCAGAAAUGGAAGCCGGACAAGAGCGCCUCAUGGCCAUGAUGGCUGAUAUGAACGACAAAAUGGAUUCGUUUCUUACGCGUCUUUCCCGGGUAGAAGCUGCCCAUGGAAGACCAGCAGCUAAGAAACGUCGUGUAGUGGCGAGGCCUGACAAUCUGGAAGAUGAGAAUAACCUUUCUGCAGCAGAAAGGGGGUUUUCUGAUUCAGAAAGAUUAACCGACGGCACAAAAGACGGCAAAGCGCCCAAAACCCCAAACACCUCAGCAGCUGAGGAUGAAUUACUGAGCGAAAUCGCUCAAGAUUAUGCCGAGGAAACACAAACAAGCGACGAUGUUAGCCAGACGCUGGCAGAAAUCGUUAACCAACGUUGGUCGUCAAAAUUAGAAGAGCCUAAAUUAAAAGAUAAAAUGGAUAAAUAUGAUCGGCCAAAAAAUUGUGAGAAGCUCACUGUGCCGAGGGUAAAUCCUGAGAUUUGGUCAACACUAAACCAUACGGUUCGUGGUUCAGACCUAAAAUUAGUGAAUUUUCAGAAAACGCUUGUCAAGGUUGGGGUUGCUUUAACGCAAUCAACCAAAGCUCUGCUGUCAAUGCGAGCUACACAGUCAAGUUCAGACGCUGAACAUAAACAACAACUUGGCAAGCUGGUGACGUAUAACACCGAUGCCUUGGCAAUGCUUGGCCAUAUUCAUAUGGAAUUAUUGAACCGCCGCCGUGAGUUGAUCAAGCCGAAUUUAAACAAAGAAUAUGUUUCUUUGUGUUCGCCUCAAACUCCCAUAACGGAGCUCUUAUUUGACGACGAUUUACAGGCUCAAAUGGCCAGUAUCAAGGCCGCAAAUAGGAUUAGUCAGUCUACUACAAGUAGUUCGAAAUUUAAUCCCAACACGCGGCGCCCCUUUGAAGGUGCAAAAAACCGCUUGAAAGGGAAACCAUUUGCACACAGCAGUCACACCAACGGUAAGCCUUUUUUAUGGCAAAAUCGGGGCAACAAUUAUCGUCCCUACCCGCAGAACAAACCAAAGUUCCCAGCGGGCAAGAAAAAGAGCUACCAGUGGCAGUGACUGAGACGACAACAAAUUUUCCCAAUAUUUCGCAGGUAAACGUCUUAACUGUUAAUACACUUGUAUCAUAUUUCCAAAGUAAAGUUGCUUGCUUUAAGGCAGGUAGACUCAGUCUAUUUUAUAAUGAAUGGGAGAGUAUAACCUCAGAUGGUGAGGUUUUACACAUGAUAUCCGGACAGAAGCUUGAAUUUUCGAAACAACCCUAUCAGUUGUACGUUCCGCGGGAUAAAUCAAUUGUCAAUGCCUGCUGGGAUUCUGACCAAACACAUACGUGUGAGGUAGAGAUACAAAACCUGCUAGAAAAGGGUGCUAUAGUACCUUGUGAACAUGAGAAGGGAGAGUAUAUCUCACCAAUCUUUACGACCCCAAAAAAGGAUGGGUCAUCAAGAAUGAUUUUAAACCUUAAAGGUUUAAACCAAUUUAUAGAAUAUCGCCAUUUUAAAAUGGAAUCCUUCUCUUCUAUUGUAAACAUGGUAAAGCCCAACUGUUUUAUGGCUAGUAUAGACCUAAAGGAUGCCUAUUACUCAGUGCCAAUAGCAGCAGAGCAUCAAAAAUAUUUAAAAUUUUCAUGGGAGAGGCAACUAUAUAAAUUUGUUUGCUUCCCAAAUGGCCUGGCAUUUUGCCCCAGGAAAUUUACAAAGCUGUUAAAGCCAGUUAAUUCCCACUUGCGGCAGCUGGGGCAUAUAUCGGUCAGCCACAUAGAUGAUUCUUAUUUACAAGGUGACGAUUAUGAUGACUGUGCCAACAAUGUUUUAGAUACAACUAGGCUCCUUGAUUCUCUGGGGUUCAUUAUACACCCUGAUAAAUCAUCAUUUAUACCAAACCAAGUAGUAACCAUCCUUGGUUUUAAGAUCAACUCAACUGUAAUGAGGGUCUUUCCAACUGCAGAAAAGAUAAAAAAGAUACAGGCAUCAUGCUUAGAGUUGUUACACAGUCCAUCACCCAGUAUUCGCCAGGUUGCAUCAGUGUUAGGAUUAUUAAUCUCUAAUUUUCCUGCUGCCCAAUUUGGCCCUUUGCAGUUCAGAGAUCUGGAUAUGGAUAAAACUGAGGCACUCAAACAAAAUCAAGGAAAUUUUGAUAGACCUAUGAAGUUGUCCAAAACCUCAUGUGCUGAUUUACACUGGUGGAUUAAUUCAGCUGACAGUUUAUUUAAACCUAUUGCCCUCAACCAACCAGAUGCUACUUUGUUCACUGAUGCAUCCAGUCAAGGUUGGGGUGGAGUUUUAGGUGAACAAAAAAGUGGGGGUCAUUGGACUGCACUUGAAGCUAGUCACCACAUUAAUUAUUUGGAAACGCUUGCCGUUUUCUUUGCCCUUAAAGUAUUCCAAACAAAACUGUCGGGAAAACAUGUGUGUGUUAGGAUAGAUAACAUGACUGCUGUAGCAGACAUAGGUAAACUGGGUACCAGUCAUUCUCGCAAACGCAACACUUUAGUUCGCGAGAUUUGGGAUUGGUGUAUUCAGCAUGAUAUCUUUCUAACUACAGCACAUAUACCAGGCCUUGAGAAUGAGGCAGCAGAUGCAAAAUCUAGAAAGCCCUUGAAAGAAACUGAAUGGGCUUUAGAUCGA